UUCUUUCACACCUUAACAAAAAGGAAAAAGAAAAAGACAAACUCUGAAUUGUUAGAAGCUUAUCUUUAUCAAUGUCUCAAAGGUACAAUCGGUCGAUCUUCCCUUUUCAGAGAUUUUUUAUCUAUACAAAGAGAUGAGGAUAGAAUCAUCUCAAAAUCGGCUGUACGUCAACUUGUUUCACAACAACAUCAUCAUGUAUCACAAUCAUCAUCUAUUCAUCAUGAAAAGCGAAUACUGUGUGAAUCUCUACCACCUUCUCCUCCAUCUUCAAUUUCUAUUACUCAAUUUCCUGAUUAUCAAGAAGAUUGUCCUGAUCGUCAACAUGAGAUAAUACCUAAAAAAUCAAAAUCUAUUCAAGAUUAUCAGUUUAUUAAUGUACUUGGGAAAGGAGCUACUGGGAAGGUCAUCUUAGUUAAGGAAAAGAGUUCAAAUGAUAAUCAAUUAUUUGCUCUAAAGGCAAUUACAAAAUCAUGGAAUAUUACAAAAAGAGAAGUGAAUCAUAUUCGUAUGGAACGUAAUAUUUUAGCUACCAUUUCCUCUCUUCAUCAUCCUUUUUUAAUUCAAUUACAUUCUGCUUUUCAAGAUCAACACAGUCUUUAUCUAGUAUUAGCUUAUCAUGCAGGUGCUGAUCUCGCUACCUUGUUACAACGCUAUAUCUGUUUCCCUCCUGAACAAUGUCGUCUCUAUGCUGCUGAGAUUGUCAUGGGCCUACAAGAGUUACAUCGAAAUUUUAUCCUUUAUAGAGAUCUUAAACCUGAAAAUGUCUUGUUAGCAGCGGAUGGGCAUAUUGUCUUGACUGAUUUUGGAUUGUCCAAGAUGUUUAAUGAUAAUAACCAUUUUGAUCAUCGUACAACCACCUUUUGCGGCACUCCUGAAUACUUGGCUCCUGAAGUUAUCUUGCAAGAGGAAGAGUAUUCCUAUGCUGCUGACCUUUGGAGUUUAGGUAUCAUGCUUUAUGAAAUGAUUUCAGGUAUCAUACCCUUUGCUGCUUCUACACCAGCAGACAUGUAUGAACGUGUUCUUUAUGAUGAUCUUGUUUUCCCAGAGCAUUGCUUCGCUAGAGAUCCUGAAGUAGUAGAUUUAAUCUCAGGACUCUUGGAGAAGGACCCAUUAAAUCGUUUAGGCGCUGGAUUAGGUGGUGUCUUUGAAUUACGAAAUCACGCUUAUUUUAUUAAUCAUUUAAAUUGGAGAGAUGUUUACAGAAAGAGGACUCAACCCAUCUAUGUGCCCUAUCGUCUAUGUGAGACGGACUUGAGUCAUUUUGAUACGGAUUUUUUAAAUAUGUCAACUAGUGUGUUUGAUAAAGAAGAGGAUAUACAAUUACAUAGUGGCCUUUAUCCUGCAGGUUUGUCGGAAGAUGCAUUUCGAGGAUAUUCAUAUUAUCAUGAUGAUGAUGAUGAUAAUUCGCAAUCAUGUAAUGACAAUGGUUCAGAAUCUUUCUUUUUUGAUAAAGAUGAAGAUUAUAGCGAUUAUCAAUACUUUAAUAGUAGUAGUAUGAGUGAUCUUGAAGAAGAAGAAGAAGAAGAAGAUGAUAUAAUAGAUGUUCCUACUUCAAAACUGUCCUAUUACUAUUCACCUACAAUCAUUUGUAACAAGACACUUAAACGUAAAAGAUCCAUGAUCAUGGAUUCUUCUUCAUUUAGUUAUUUAUAG